ACUUUCCCUUUUUUUCAACUUUCCAAAUGUUUGUUCGUCUGAUUAAUAAUUGUAUCAUAGAUAUUAUGGUAUUUUUUCGAAAGCAAUCUAACGUGCCGCACUGGAACACAUGCUACACAACGCAUAUGCUCGUUCACCAAUAUAUGCAUAACUAACUUAACAUAUUUGUUGUUUGAUAUUCAUGUAUUUUCGAAAAACUACACCAACACAAUGAAACGGAAUAAAAUUAUCAUUUAAAGUGACGGAAGGAAACCGUUUGCAGGUAAUAGAAAGAAUACAACGGUGAAUGUUGUGGUUGUUGAUUGUUCCUCGAGCUCGGGAGAGUGCGGAACAAUACAUUGUUCGUUGGAUUUUUUUUUUUUGCAUGUUUCAUACUAAACAAAGUGUCACUCUCGUGCAAAUGCACAGUUUCGUGUACAAGAUUGUCAUAGAUCGUAAUUAAAACGUGGCAAGAGAACGAGUAUUAGUUGAAGGGCGUAAUUGUACAUGUUCCGCAAAAGAUUUGGCAAAAAUAUUAUCCAGAAUAUAGAGUAAAAAGGACGUACAACAACAAUAACAAGAAACACAAGCAGCAGCUAAAAAUGUUCGGUACCGACUACCAACGAUACAAGCAAAAAUUGGAGCGUCUUCAAAGCAAAGUGAAAAAGAGCGAAAAUGCACGGAAGGAUCUGGAAAUUAAAUUUCAAAGAUUGAUGAAGGAACGCAACGAUUGCGAGAAGUCGGCAUCUAUUCAUAAAUCAAAGUACGAUACAUUGCUGCAGCAUGAGCGUAAACGAUUGAAUCGUAACGAAGAACUAUUGCAAAUGUUGGAGGAGGUUCAGACCAAAGCGGCCGCUAUGGCAUCAAACACGGAAAAGUUGAAAAGGUUGAAGACGCAACAAGAGCGAAUAGUCAUAAAUAAUUGGAGACGAAGCGCGUAUUAUCAUCAACAACUUAUGUAUCCGAAUGUAUUAUUUUCGAAUGCAGCACAUUGUUUACCAGCUCCGGCUUCAUAUGAAUAUCAUAAUCGUGUUAUCAAUUGUACUGGUGCUGGUGCUAGUGCUGGUGCUGUUGGUGACAACUCACGACCAUUGAUAUUCGAACGACCCGCACAUUUGGACGAAGUUCAAGAGCCAGUUUAUCAAAAGUCUAAUGAUGAUAAAUCAAUGGGCAAUACAUCAACAACUGUACAACAGCAUGUAACGACGCAGCCAAUGCCAACAACAGCCAUUGUACGAGAAAUUCCAUGUCCAUCAUUACCUUUAAUGCCAAUUUACAACAAUGAUACAGAUGCACCGCUAUUCAACGAACUGUUCCAUUUACAGAGAAGUCAGCUACCUCUUCGAACACUCGAAACUCAACCAUUCAUCCAAAAAAUAAUGACACCCACUCAAACCAUAUUCGAUAACAAACCGACAAUCCAUUUCAAAGAGUUGCCAAGUAAUAAUCAAACAAGAAACGAGCAUAUCGGCUAUUAUUCGAACCGAUGGGGAAGCGAUUUCACCAAUUCACAUUUGCUAACCAAUACGUUGAGCGAUGGAUUAAAUCAUAAUAAAUAUUUCGAUUCCAUUCCAUCAAGCGGGAAUUAUGUGCCCGUAAUGAUGGCACAACACAAAACAUCGCUUGAUAUUCCGCUAACUAAAUUAGCGGAUGACUCGCAGCGUUCGCAGCCCAACAUAAGCGCCCGAAGUCAGCCGUAUUCUUCUAUUGGAUAUGUAAAUCAACCGCCACCACAGCAACAGCAGCAGCUUCAGCAGCAACAGCAAGAUAUGCAGUAUUUCAGCCUUAAACCCCAAUUUUCAUUUAUUGAAGAAUCAACUAGUCAAAAAGCAGUUGAACCAACUGGUGUUUCCAAUUUGACCUCACACCAAAAACACCAAGUGAUCCAGCCGAUGCCGACAUUUACUUCGUACAGCCAACAAUUGCGAAACAAAGCGGUUGAACCACCGCUUUAUGAUGCGAAAAACAUACAUAUGGAUGAAAUCAAGCCAAGACAAAGUAUAGAAAAUAAUUAUGAAGGAAGUAAUAAUACGACACCCUGGAAUAAAGAUGUGGGUAAGGAUGAAUAUUUGCAUGAAAGAGAGCUUGACGAUUAUAAUAUCUUGCCACGCGUUGAAUCGGCUGAUUCGAGACAAUCUGUCAAAAGUCCUUCUCUAACAGAUGUUGAUGAUAUUUCAUCUUUGGCACGAUCACCGCCAAAGGAUAUGCAUAAUUUUUCAUUCAACGAUGACAUUCAACAUAUUACGCAGUCCGUCAAAUCUUCAAUUCCAAAUGACGAAAUGCCGGAGGAAGCCCGAUAUCAAUACGAAGGUAUUGCGGAUAAUGCGUACUAUAACAAAUCUCCAACCACUUCCAUGCAGCAGGUGACAGGUACACAAGAGACCCGAAAACACUUUUUCUUGCCAAGUGACAGCCAGGAAAAGCCCACAAAAUUUGGAGAUAAACGUCGGUCUAGCUUUGACUCUGGUUCAUUGACAAAAUCGGCGGACGAUGAUAGCGAAUUGCGGAAAAAAUCGAUUGCGGCGAAUGUACGUCGUCGGUACAGUGUCGCUGCCAAUUUGCUCGAUUUACAAAAGAAUGUUACAAACAUUGAGCCGUUUCAACUGCAAUCUUUGUCAGCUAUAAAUUAUCGGGGAAAUGGCAACACUUUUGGUAACAGCCGAAAUAGUUUCGACAACCAAUCGUCCAACGCGCCUCGAUCCGAUAUUUUUAGCACAUUUACUGGUGGCCAGGAAAACAAACGAAACUCAAUAGAUCCUGAGGCAGCGGUUAAAAUAGAGGACAUUGUUGAGAGUGCAGGAGUGGUCGACUAUACCGAUCAACAAAUAUCAUCAGUAAGUGUGGUGAAUUCUCAACAGCCUGUUGAGGCAAUGCAUGACAAUGAGUAUGGUCGUGAUUUGAAUCAAAGCGAUAUCAGUUCGUAUUAUGUGACCGACAACAAUGCACCAUAUUCCACGUACGAAACGAAUGACCAAGCUUACGUAGAAACGGCAAUGGAAAAUCUUCAUUUGGACAGUAGUGCGAUGGAACAGCAAAAACAACUAACCAACGAAGUACAAUUGAAACAAUUCGGUGAUGAAGCCGAUAAAAUUCGAGUAUCGUCCACACAUAGCAGCAAAACCGUUACUUGGGCUGAUGAUCCUCAUAACAAUUAUAAGAAAGAAGAAGAAGAAGAAGCAGAUAAGGCUCAAUUCUAUGAAAUUCAAAACACUGCACAUGAAGCACCCACUGAAGCGUAUUAUGCGGGCCAUCCGGAAGAAUCUCAGCAAUUCCAAAGCGAGUAUUCACCACAAGUGAAUACUCAGCAUAACGUCGAACCAAAUGGAGUUCACUAUCAAUACGACGACAACAACCAAUACCAAGCACAAACGGAUAUUGCAGCCAACCAAAAUGUGUACAACAACGAAGAGUAUUAUUAUCCCGACGAUCACCUGAUUCAAUACGAACAAUAUGAAUCACAACAGCAGCAGCAGCAACAACAACAACCACAACAGGAUCCACAGCGAAUACAAUACUAUGCAAAUGAUAUGAUUGGAAACGAUGGAAGUUCAAUGAGCCGCUUACCUUCAUCUGAUGGUUAUCAACAAUACGAAACGCAAUCAGCAUUGCAAGCGCAACUAAAACACGAUGAUUACUAUACGGUAUCGCCAGGCGAAAAUUAUUACAGUGACUAUGGAACUGUGGAUCAAAAUCAAACCUAUUCAACCAAUGCUACCUUCGAUAAUUCACAUGAAUUGCCCACUUCAAGCUUAGUUGCUGUGGACCAACAUGGUCGACAGCAGCAGCAGCCGCAGCAGCAGCCGCAGCAGCAGCAACAACAACCGCAGCAAAGACAGUCGCAACAAUCACAACAGAAAAUCGAAUAUACGACAAAUGCUGAACCAGCAUCCGAUAUCCGCAUUCCAAACUAUUUGCAAAGUGACACAGAUGACAGUCAAACUGGCUACGCAAAUAAUCCAAGCAAUAAAAUUCAACAAGACAGUGAUUUUGAUUUCUCCACAAAUUCAGAAACGAAUUAAAGAAUUUAUAUUCACAAUUUUAAUGGCCCCAGAAUAUGUGACCAUAUUUUCCAACCACAGAAUAAAAUCAAAAUGUAUCCAAAUUGAAAAUCGUAUUAGAACCUGUUUAGUAUUUUCAAUAAAAAAAUGUUAAAGAUCUCGUAGAAAAACAGUAUAAGUUUGAAUAAGCUUAUGCUGUCAAUUUGGGAAAAUAUGAAAUCUCUCAAAAUGACAUCAAUAUUUUUUUGAGUCGUCAGCAAUAUUCUGUGUACCAAUCACCGUUUCUUUUUUUUUCAUGAUCGCAUCUGACUUCUAACAGGUUGAACGAUGAAAAUUCAUUGCGAAAGAACAUUGUGACUUAUGUUAACGUUCCAUAAUCCAACAUAUCUAUAUCAACUGUAAUAUUUAUUUCUCGCCUCUAAAUAAAUGACUCGUUGGUCUACUGAUGUCAGUUUUAUUCCUUA